AUGAAAUUCGCCAAAGAAUUGGAACAGGAGCUAGUUCCAGAAUGGCGUGCCAAGUACCUGGACUACAAGGCAGGGAAAAAGAAACUAAAGGCCAUCUCGCGGGCCAUCCAAAAAUCCAAUCGAAAUCCCAGCCAUCCGUCGCUUCGACGUGUCAUCUCCGGUCCCGAUGAUGCCUCAUUCGCUUCUCCCAGCGGUCGCGAUCGCACCCCCUCCGAUAGAAGACCCGAUGCCACCGACUCGAUCAACAAUCCCUCGACUCCAGCCCGAAGCGGCGCGCUCACCUCCCGUUCAAUCCCUACCCCUCGUGCUCGAAAUGAACGCCAACCGUUGCGGAACGCGGGCUCUCGGUUCUCCGCCGCAGUGGGAAGUUAUGGAAGUAUAAUCGCAACGCCACCCCACCAACCCGCCUCGUCCGAUGUGGCGUCCCUCGAGCUGCCAGACCCGGCGCUCGAUCCCAAGGAGCACGAGUUCAUGCCGGACGGAGACGACCACCAUCUGCACGUUCCCCAGUCGCCAUCCCCGGUCAUGUCCAGGAAUGCGAGUACCCGAACUGUGCCCGCGGACGUCUCCAAUGCAAGCCCCUUGGCGAGACAGUCGACCUCUGGAAAGGGAUACAGGAGAAACACGGUGUCGAGUCCGUCGGCGAAGAGGACCUCCCAGCUUCUCAAACGAGUCUUCUCGCACCCCGAUUGGGACUCUCCGGAGAAGCGGGCCCAGGAAACCCAGCAGCUGUCGGAGAUUGAACACCGGCAGGAUGAGUUCUUUGCCUUCCUGGACGGCGAAUUCUCCAAGAUCGAGUCCUUCUAUCAGAUGAAAGAAGAGGAGGCCACUCAGCGCUUGCACGUCCUCCGCCAGCAACUCCACAUCAUGCGAGACCAGCGGAUCCAGGAAGUCUUGGGCACGAAAUCGUCCCGGGUACCGGAUGGAGACUCGGCUCCGUCGAACGGAUUCGGUGGGUUCAGCGGCUCUCGAUUGAAGGAUGCGUUCACAGGGCGUCGUAUCGGGAAGAACUCCAAAGCGUUGGCGGAGAUGGCGACCCCGGGACUCCAGGCGCAAGAUCAAAAUGUUUCCCAGAGCCGCAGGGACUUUAGCCGCCGGCCGGACGAUCUGUCGAAUAUGGAGGUUCCGUAUCGCGUUGCGAAGAGGAAAUUGAAAUACGCCCUACAAGAGUUUUAUCGCGGCAUCGAGCUGUUGAAGGCAUAUGCCUACCUGAAUAGAACUGCUUUCCGAAAAAUCAACAAGAAGUACGACAAGGUUGCUAACGCUCGUCCGACGAUGCGGUACAUGUCGGAGAAGGUCAACAAGGCGUGGUUUGUCCAGAGCGAGGUGAUUGAGAAUCUGAUGUCCGCAACCGAGGAUCUGUAUGCGCGAUAUUUCGAACGCGGCAACCGAAAGCUGGCCGCAUCAAAGCUUCGCCAUACUGUCUCGAAGUUCGGGGACUAUUCGUCGAAUACUUUCCUCUCUGGCAUUCUGCUGAUGGCGGGAAUUCUGUUCGCCAUUCAGUCAUUGGUGUACGCUGCCCAGCAUCUCCGUCAUUCGGACCCUGAGGUACAGGCCCACACUAGCUACCUGAUGCAGUUACCUUGCUUUUUCAUGUUUAUACUCGGAUUAUUUAUGUGGCUAAACUUUCUAUCGGUCAACGCCAUGUAUGUUUACUGGCCAGUUGUGCUUGUGGCCAUUACAGUGAUUGUUCUUUUCCUGCCGGCCCGCGUACUAUACCACCGAAGUCGAAAGUGGUGGGCAUAUUCCAACUGGCGACUUGCACUUGCUGGAUUCUACCCUGUCGAGUUCCGAGAUUUCUUCCUGGGAGACAUGUACUGCUCCCAAACGUAUGCUAUGGGCAACAUUGCUCUCUUUUUCUGUCUAUACGCCAAACAUUGGUCGAAUGCUCCACAGUGCAAUUCGUCCCACUCCAGACUAUUAGGUUUUUUCACCUGCAUUCCAUCCAUACUGCGUGCCCUACAAUGCCUCCGUCGUUAUGCAGAUACGAAAAACGUCUUCCCUCACCUGCUCAAUUUUGGGAAAUAUAUGUUUGGCGUGCUUUACUACGCCACUCUGAGCAUGUACCGCAUUGACAAGGUCACGCGGUUCGAAGCCCCAUUCAUCACCUUCGCCCUGCUGAAUGCGGUUUAUACCUCCGUUUGGGACUUGGCCAUGGACUGGAGUUUAGGGAAUCCGUACGCUAGGAACCCGCUUUUGCGCGACGCUUUAGCCUUCCGGAAAGCUUGGGUUUACUAUGCCGCCAUGGCCAUCGAUGUCAUCGUGCGUUUCAACUGGAUCUUCUACGCCAUAUUCGCCCACGACAUCCAGCACUCGGCGGUCUUGAGCUUUGCCGUUUCCUUCAGUGAGAUCUGCCGGCGCGGUGUCUGGACCAUAUUCCGUGUGGAGAAUGAGCAUUGCACAAAUGUUCUUCUAUUCCGAGCGUCGAGGGACGUGCCUCUGCCCUACGAGGUAGCUUCUCCGCAGGCUGAAGCCGACCACACCGCCGAACUGCAGCUGCACGAACCAGAGACCGCCACGGCGCAGUCCGCCCCGGCCGACGUUGAGCACGGCACUCCGUCAACUCCCGGCGCCUCGAUGCGCGCUCGCGGAAUGUCGCGCGUCGGAACGAUCCUGGCUUCAGCGCACGCGCAAGAUUUCGAGCGCCGAAAGCGUCCGGAUCAGAUGGCUGUUGCUAGUGUGUCGCAUGGUCCCGGGGAGAGCCCUGAUGACUCCAGCGAUGACGAUGACUACCCUGGAGAUUCGAGGCCUUAUACAGAUGCAAAUGAUGUUAUAGAUGAGGAGGGCCCGUCGCGCGGGUCUCCUAGAACAUCUUCAGAUAGAGAUUAG